AUGGUCACAGCUGGAACUCCAGAUUUAAACAUUGAUAACAUAAUCGACAAGCUUCUAGAAGUCCGUGGAAGCCGCCCAGGCCGUCAAGUAAAUCUUACCGAACAAGAAGUCCGUGGUCUCUGCAUUCGAGCACGUGAAAUCCUCAUUUCUCAACCAGUCUUGCUUGAGCUUGAAGCUCCUUUAAAAAUCUGUGGAGAUGUCCACGGUCAAUACUAUGACCUUCUCCGGCUCUUUGAAUACGGUGGCUUUCCUCCUGAAGCCAAUUAUCUGUUCCUCGGUGACUAUGUCGACCGUGGGAAACAGAGUUUAGAAACAAUCUGCCUGUUACUGGCUUAUAAAAUCAAAUACCCUGAAAACUUUUUCCUGCUCAGAGGUAACCAUGAGUGCGCUUCAAUUAACAGAAUUUACGGCUUCUACGAUGAGUGUAAGCGAAGAUAUAAUAUCAAGCUAUGAAAAACCUUUACAGAUUGCUUCAAUUGUUUACCGAUAGCUUCUAUUAUUGAUGAUAAAAUAUUUUGCAUGCAUGGCGGGCUUAGUCCUGAACUAAGCAACAUGGAACAAAUCAGAAGAAUCAUGAGACCAAGCGACGUCCCUGAUACAGGGCUAAUAUGCGACUUGCUGUGGAGUGACCCUGAUAAAGAUGUGCAAGGAUGGGGAGAAAAUGACAGAGGUGUCAGCUUUACGUUUGGACCUGAAAUUGUGGCGAAUUUCUUAAGAAAACAUGAUUUGGAUUUAAUUUGUAGAGCGCAUCAGGUGGUGGAAGAUGGAUAUGAGUUCUUUGCGAAGAGGCAGCUAGUCACACUCUUUUCAGCACCGAAUUAUUGCGGAGAGUUUGAUAAUGCAGGAGCCCUGAUGAGUGUAGAUGAAACGCUUAUGUGCAGCUUCCAGAUAUUGAAGCCUGCUGACAAGAAAAUGGGAGGAGCUGUAGGGGUGGGAGCAAAUAGGCCUUAUACGCCUCCAAGAACUAAAGCUCCACAAAAGAGCUUUACUUAA